UAGUUCAUUUUCUUCUUCAAUUUCACCUGAAAACAGUCUGAACCCUGAAAUUUUGUUUAAUUUUUAGUUAUUAUUUUAUUUGUUGCUUCGAUUCUAUUCAACUGCGUCAACCCAAAGCUCAGAUGUAUCUAAAUUUACUCGACGGAUUCUAACUUCACAGGAAGAUGAGUUUCUGUGAUCUGUUCCUGGGACCGAGAAUUGCUACAAAUUCUAGAGAUUUCGUUUCCGCGGAUCUGAAUAGAAGAAUAAUAAUUUGUUAGAUUUUGUAUUGUAAUGGAUAAAAAUGUAAUUCUUGCAGUGUUCUUAUUGCUUUUCAUUGCUGCCGCCGAUGUUUCCAGUGCUAAAUUUCGCCACUUAGCUGCGGUGGAUCCAAACGAUAAUUCCGCCAAGACUAAGGUUUCGGGUGCUAAUAAACCGGUUGAAUCUCGUAAUGAGAAGGCAGAGACAGUGGAUACAAAAGAGUUGAAUAAACCGGAUUUGGUGAGUCCAGUUCCUCCUAAUGAAACAAAUGAUAGUAGUAAAGGUUCUAUUAAUACGGAUUCAGUGAAUCCGACUGUUGAAAACGGAACCAUCGCUAACCCAGACGGUUCCAAUAAUACAGAUAACUCUAAGAAUUCUAAGAUUUCUAAUGGGAAGGAUUUUGCAAUGAGUCAUAGUGGUGAGGAACAGAGUAUGAAAAAUUCCAGUGAUAAGGUUGUGAAUCCUCAAGUUGAAGUAACGGACAAUGGGAAGAAUGAGCGAACCAAUCACGAGAAGAAUGGGGAAACUGAUAAUCGCAAAAAUGAUGGAACAGAAAACAGGAAGAAGGAUGGAAUAGAAAGUGGGAAGAAGGGAACGGAUAGUGACAAGGAGGGAAUAGAUAGUGGGAAGGACAGAACAGAUAAUGGGAAGGACGGAACAGAUAGUGAGAAGGACAGAACAAAAGAGAAUAAUAAUGAGUAUAAAAGGGUUUCAGAGUCUGGGGUUGAUGAAACUUGUACAGGGUUAGCUAAUUAUUGCAGUGACUCAAAUGGGCUGAUCGCCUGUAUUCAGAGUUUUGAUGCUGGGUCCGGACAAUGGGCUGUACUUGUCCAAAAUGAAGGAGAAAAGAAUCUGACGGUGAAUUUAACUGUUCCAACUGCCGCUGAAAAUCCUCUCAAGCAACUAGAAAUAUCCAAACACCGAACCGAAAAGAUAAACAUCUCAUCAACCAUUGGCAAGAGCAACAAAGUGAUAUUUAAAACUAGAUUGGGCGAAUGUGUGCUUCACAUGAAAUCUCUUAUAUCUAGAGAAAACUUUUUCAUGUACCUCCCUACAUAUGACAACAUAUUGACCCCCAUCAAUGGUGCCUACUUCCUGAUUCUGUCUGUUAUAAUUUUCGGAGUGACAUGGGCUUGCUGCAAGUUGAAGAAGAGGAGACAGCAUGAUGGAGUCCCGUAUCAAGAACUUGAAAUGGGAUUGCCUGAAUCUGUUUCAACUACCAAUGUGGAAACAGCCGAAGGUUGGGAUGAAGGAUGGGAUGACGACUGGGAUGACAAUAAUGCAGUCAAGUCUCCUGGACCACGUAGGGGAAACAUUUCAGCCAACGGCCUUACUGCUAGGUCUACAAUUAAAGAUGGUUGGGAACAUGGCUGGGAUGAUUAGGAUUUACAACAGAAAACUAUAUAUGAGGUUUCGACCAGGAAAGUGAACAAGAAGGAGAAAAAGAGAAAGAAAGAUUUACAGAAAAUUAGGAGAUGAAACAAUAGAAUCUAAAUCAUCCACUCAAGUAGUGAAUACUGCCAAGUGCUCAGUAAGGCGCUUUUAACUUCUGCACUUUGUAAUUGUUAUUGACUCUGUUUGAUCUGUAAUUAUUAUUGCUUCAUCAUGCUAGAAUAGUCUCUGAAAAUAUGAUUUUUUUUUUUUUUGGUGUCAA